AGAGAAGGCUCCGGUUCAUGUUGUGGUGGAUCCGGUGCUGGGGAGGAUCUUGCGGCCCCAUCAGAGGGAGGGAGUGAAGUUCUUGUGGGAGUGUGUGACCGGCCGGCGUAUUCCUGGCAGUCAUGGCUGCAUCAUGGCAGAUGAGAUGGGGCUUGGAAAGACCCUGCAGUGUAUCGCCCUGAUGUGGACCCUCCUCAGGCAGAGUCCAGACUGCACCCCAGAGAUUGACAAGGCGGUGGUGGUGUGCCCAUCCAGCCUGGUGAAGAACUGGUACAAUGAGGUGGCCAAAUGGCUGCUGGGCAGAAUUCAGCCGCUGGCCAUCGAUGGAGGCUCCAAGGAUGAGAUUGAUAAGAAACUGGCCGGAUUCAUGAAUCAGCGGGGGCUGCGGGUCCCUUCUCCGAUCCUCAUCAUCUCCUAUGAGACGUUUCGGCUGCACGCUGAGGUCCUUCACAAGGGAAGUGUGGGGCUGGUCAUAUGUGAUGAGGGUCACAGACUGAAGAACUCCGAGAACCAAACCUACCAAGCCCUGAACCAACUGAACACUGCGCGGCGCGUCCUCAUCUCCGGGACCCCCAUACAGAACGAUCUCCUGGAAUACUUCAGCCUGGUUCACUUUGUCAACGCCGGCAUCCUGGGAACAGCCCAGGAGUUUAAGAAAAGGUUUGAAGUCCCGAUCCUGAAGGGGAGAGAUGCCGAUGCCAGCGCAGCUGACCGCGAGAAAGGGGAGGAGAAGCUGAAGGAGCUGAUCAGUGUGGUCAACAGGUGCCUUAUUAGAAGGACGUCCGACAUCCUCUCCAAGUAUCUUCCUGUCAAGAUCGAGCAAGUGGUUUGCUGCAGAUUGACUCCUCUGCAAUCUGAACUCUACAAAUUAUUUCUGAAUCAAGCGAAACCCGUGGAGGAGCUGACGUCUGGGAAGAUGAGCGUCUCCUCGCUGUCCUCCAUCACCUCACUGAAGAAGCUUUGUAACCAUCCUGCCCUGAUCUACGACAAGUGCCUGGAGGAGGAGGAAGGAUUUCAAGGGGCACUGAGUCUCUUCCCCCCGGGGUACAACACCAAGUCUGUGGAGCCUCAGUUAUCAGGUAAAAUGUUGGUGCUGGAUUAUAUCUUGGCCGUAACCCGGAGCACGAGCAGCGACAAAGUUGUCCUGGUCUCUAACUACACCCAGACACUCGACUUGUUUGAGAAACUUUGCAGAAUGAGAAGAUAUUUAUACGUCCGUCUGGAUGGAACGAUGUCUAUUAAGAAACGAGCGAAGAUUGUGGAGAGAUUUAACAGCCCCUCGAGCCCUGAGUUUGUCUUCAUGCUGAGUAGUAAGGCCGGAGGUUGUGGCCUCAAUCUGAUCGGAGCCAAUCGGCUGGUGAUGUUUGACCCCGACUGGAACCCAGCGAAUGACGAGCAGGCGAUGGCGCGGGUGUGGCGAGACGGUCAGAAGAAGAUGUGUUUCAUCUAUCGGCUGCUCUCGACUGGGACCAUCGAGGAGAAGAUCUUCCAGCGUCAGACCCAUAAGAAGGCGCUGAGCAGCUGCGUGGUGGACGAGGAGCAGGACGUGGAGAGACACUUCUCUGUAGGAGAACUGAAGGAGCUCUUCACCCUCACCGAGGCCACGGCCAGUGACACCCAUGACCGGUUCCGAUGCCGUCGCUGUGUGAAUGGGCGUCAGGUGCGGCCUCCUCCGGAGGGUACAGACUGCACCUCCGACCUGUCACAGUGGAAUCACUGUGCUGAUAAGCGUGGCCUGCAGGACCCGGUGCUGGUGGCGGCCUGGGAUGUCGCUGUCUCGUUUACGUUUCACCAUCGGUCACAUGAGCAGCGUGGGCUACUAUAGUGGAUGGGCCCGCCCUGUUGGGGGUCUCCACCUGACUCGGUGGAUUCUUCUUGCUGCAGGACUUGUAUCUUUCUCUACACAUUGUAUAUAUGUAUAAUAUGUCAAUAAAGAGCUGGAAUCCUCCAUGACGCCCUCUCAUGCAGGCAUUCUAGA